GGUUCUGCCGUUGAGUUUCAGUCUUUCACUCUCCUCUCCCUCGCAGCUUUUCCAAGUUCCAAAGGUCUUCCAUCGCGCCGCCGUUCGUCUCACCCUAGCCACCCGUCGCGCCGCCCUCCUGUCUCACCUGGUCGUUCGCUAUCCUCCCUUAGUUCGCCAACGCGAGCAUCUCCAGGUCCUGCUCCGCAGCUCUUGCCCGUCGUCCUCCGUCGUGUGCGUUGGCAGCUCGCCGUCGUCGUCACCAGCUCCCCAUCGUCCGUCGCCAGCUCGCCAGUGUUUGUCGCCAGCUUCCCGUCGUCCGGCGCUCUCCCUCAAACCUCUGCUCACUACCCUCUCUGGAGUGACCCCCGUCUGCCAGUGUUCUGCUGCCCUGAACUGCAUCAACAUAAUUAGCAUGCCCAUUGUUGCUGGUGUUCUGCUACUUUGCCGAUGCCCUUGAACUUGGUGGUGCUCUUCAAUCUGGAAAACAAAAUAAAAAAUAAAAGUAAAGUGGCCAGGCUGCACCUCAAGUUUUCAUCUUUGCUUUCCUGGUUGAGGAUUGGAAUUGUGGUUUUCGUGUGCAUCUUGAUGAAUGUGAUUGUGUUGGUGUAGGAUAAGGAAGAAGAAGAAUUAUAAUUCAGAAGAGGAAUUUGAGAAGAAAAUAGUUCAUUUCAUCACUUUUCGUGAAAUUGUAACGCUAGUGUUUACUCUUAUUUAUACUAUGUUUACUUAGAGGCAAUCUUAUUGUUGUAAUUAGGCCUUGCCCAAUUAUACUAAUUACACCAUCACCAUUUUGGUUAGUUAGACACCAACAACCACCUUGUAGGUUUACAACAUUCAUGGAACAGUGUUACUAUGGUGUCAAUGAACAGAACCCGUCUAAGGCUUUGGUAUAUUAAAUUUUUGCCUCACUCAAUUUUCCAACGCUUGUACCUCCCGUUCAAGAACCCAACCAUUCAAACCUUUGUUUCACAAGCCGCUGUAGAUUUAACAUCUCAAUACUCCACACAACCCUCAAUAUCCUACUCCAACCUGUUGUCUCAAUGUGUUGCCACCAAGUCCCUCCAUUUAGGCAUGGUGGUCCAUGCCCAUAUGAUCAAAUUUGGGUUUUCCAACAACCAAAGCCUAAAGAACCACCUUGUGACAAUGUAUUCCAAGUGUCACCAUUUUGGGGUUGCCCGUAAGUUGGUUGAUCAAAGUGCUGAACCAGAUUUGGUUUCUUGGUCUGCUUUAAUAUCUGGGUUUGUGCAGAAUGGGCUUGUUAAUGAAGCCCUUUCAGCCUUGAGUGACAUGUGCAUGUUGGGUGUUAAGUGCAAUGAGUUCACAUUCCCUAGCGUCCUUAAGGCAUGCUCCAUCAAGAAGGACUUGAACAUGGGCAAGAAGGUUCAUGGGAUGACUGUGGUGACAGGUUUUGAUUCUGAUGGCUUUGUUGCUAAUGCUUUGGUUGUUAUGUAUGCUAAGUGUGGGCAGCUAGGUGAGUCUAGGAGAUUAUUUGGCACAAUAGAGGAAAGAAAUGUUGUUUUGUGGAAUGCCUUGUUCUCUUGUUAUAUGCAGAGUGAUUUCUAUGUCGAAACAGUGGGUUUGUUCAAGGACAUGGUUCAGAGAGGAGUGAGGCCUAAUGAAUUUAGCCUUUCGAUCAUAUUGAAUGCCUGUGCUGGACUGCGGGAUGGUGGUCUAGGAAGGAUGCUUCAUGGGAUUUUGCUGAAGUUGGGACAUGAUUCAGAUCAAUUUUCCAAAAAUGCAUUAGUUGACAUGUAUGCAAAAGCUGGGGAGAGUAAAGAUGCUGUUGCUGUUUUUCGAGAAAUUAAGCACCCUGAUAUUGUGUCUUGGAAUGCAGUUAUUGCUGGUUGUGUUCUUCAUGAGUGUAAUGAUUUAGCUUUGAUGCUUUUGGAUGAGAUGAAAAGCUCUGGAACUUGUCCUAAUUUGUUUACCUUCUCGAGUGCUCUAAAGUGCUGUGCUGCAAUGGGGUUGAAGGAUUUGGGCAGGCAGUUACAUUCUAGUUUGUUAAAGAUGGAUACUAAUUCAGAUUUAUUUUCUGCAGUUGGGCUAAUAGACAUGUAUUCAAAGUGUGAAAUGAUGGAUGAUGCUAGAAGAGCUUUUGAACUGAUGCCAAAGAAGGAUAUCAUUGCAUGGAAUGCUUUGAUUUCUGGUUACUCACUUUGUGGUGAUGACUUAGAAGCAGUCUCCCUUUUUGCUAAAUUGCAUCAUGAGGAUACAGAUUUCAACCAAACUACUUUAUCAACUGUUCUCAAAUCCGUUGCCAGCUUGAUGGCAAUUAAGAUGUGCAAGCAACUUCAUGCACUUUCCAUCAAAUAUGGAAUUUAUUCUGAUUUCUAUGUAAUAAACAGCCUACUAGAUGGAUACGGAAAGUGUAACUACAUAGGUGAAGCUUCAAAAAUAUUUGAAGAACGAACUUGGGAAGAUUUGGUGGCUUACACAUCAAUGAUAACAGCAUAUUCUCAAUAUGGGGAUGGAGAGGAGGCUUUGAAGCUAUAUCUGCAAAUGCAACAUGCAGAUAUCAAGCCAGAUGCAUUUGUCUGCAGUUCUCUUUUAAAUGCUUGUUCAAAUCUGUCUGCGUAUGAACAAGGGAAACAAUUACAUGUCCAUACCAUCAAGUUUGGAUUUAUGUCUGAUAUUUUUGCAAGCAAUUCCCUGGUUAAUAUGUAUGCAAAAUGUGGAAGCAUAGAGGAUGCUGGUCGCGCCUUUUCUGAGAUACCAAAGAGAGGAAUAGUCUCAUGGUCUGCAAUGAUUGGGGGGUUGGCUCAACAUGGCCAAGGUAAACAGGCUCUUCAGUUGUUCAGUCAAAUGCUUGAAGAUGGUGUGCCGCCCAAUCAUAUUACUUUAGUAAGUGUUCUUUGUGCAUGUAAUCAUUGUGGUUUGGUAAGUGAGGGAAAGCAGUAUUUUGAAACAAUGGAAGAAAAAUUUGGUAUUAAUCCUACACAAGAGCAUUAUGCUUGUAUGAUUGAUCUACUUGGACGAUCAGGGAAAUUGAAUGAAGCAAUGGAACUCGUAAAUUCCAUUUCAUUUGAAGCUGAUGCCUCAGUUUGGGGGGCGCUUCUUGGAGCAGCAAGAAUCCAUAAAAACGUAGAAGUUGGUCAGAAAGCUGCAGAGAUGCUUUUUGUUCUUGAGCCAGAGAAAUCCGGUACCCAUGUUCUCCUUGCAAAUAUAUAUGCAUCAGCAGGAAUGUGGGAAAAUGUUGCAAAGGUUAGAAAACUUAUGAAGGAGAGCAAUGUAAAGAAGGAGCCUGGAAUGAGUUGGCUUGAGGUCAAAGACAAGGUAUAUACGUUCAUUGUUGGAGACAGAAGUCAUUCUAGAAGUGAUGAAAUAUAUGCAAAACUAGAUGAAUUGAGUGAUCUUCUAAGUAAAGUUGGAUAUAGGCCCAUCAUAGACAUCGAUUUACAUAACGUGAACCAGAGUGAAAAGGAGAAGCUAUUAUAUCACCAUAGUGAGAAACUUGCUGUAGCCUUUGGUUUAAUUGCUACACCACCUGGAGCCCCGAUAAGGGUGAAGAAGAAUCUACGAGUUUGUGUUGAUUGCCACACGUUUUUCAAAUUUGUAUGCAAAAUUGUGUCGCGGGAAAUUAUUGUCAGAGAUAUUAAUAGAUUCCACCAUUUUAAAGAUGGAUCAUGUUCUUGUGGUGAUUAUUGGUAAUAUCACUAAAACGACACAUUCUUCCAUUGUGACAAGAUUCACGGAUUCUUUACAUAUACUUCUGCUAUUGUUUUAUAACCAAGAUAGAUGUGCCAAUUGAAACAGCAGAGAUGAUAUAAGGUAUCUUCUUAUUCUCAUUAUAUCCUCCUUAAUUUUGGGAUUAGUGUUUUCCAUAGUUUUAGCUAAUCACCUACUGUAAUGCCUUUAUGAAGAGGAGGAAUCCCUGUAUAUUUGUAGCAAAUCAAUCAUAUUUUUCAUUAUUCCAUCUCUUAUUGAUUAAUGACUUGACUUUCAUCCUUGUUUCUGUUGUUCACAUGGAAGCAACUUAGACAUUUUUUUUCUUUUUUUAUUUCUGCUAAAUUGAUUCUCUGUUAUUCAAAUUACUUAACUUUCAGUGUUCAAUGAACUUGACACCAUUUUGCAGCUUGAAUUUUUGAGCAUGUUCGGUUGCCUUGCUAGAAUUGCUUUGCUGGUCUUAAUACUUCAUUA